AUGGCGGACCCAGCAACUGAAAUCGACGUUGACCUCGAGGUCCAAGAAGUCCUCCUAGCUGCCUCUCAGCACGACAUCCCCAAGCUCAGACGACUCCUACGCUCCAACGAUGCGGCAACGAACCCCGCCAAUGUGAAGGAUCCAGAGACAGGCGCCUCCCCACUCCAUGCGGCCAUUGCAGCUUGCGAGCCCGAAGAGGAGGAGUUGAAGACAAAUGGCGCACCGAAUGGUGUUCAAUCCAAUGGAGAGGAGGAACAUACCAGUGAGCAGCAAGCAACACUCAAGUCGGCCGUCCAGACUGUGAAGCUUCUUCUGCAGGAAGGGGCUAUAUGGAAUGACUUGGACUUGAACGACGAGACACCUGGAUGCAUUGCAAAACGUCUUGGAUUGGAUGAGCUGUAUGAAAUGGUUGUGGAUGCAGGAGUUAGAGCAGAACUUCUGCUGAACAGGCUAGAUGGCUAUGAAGAACUAUCAGACGAAGAGAUGGGAGACGACGAAGAGCAAGAGCAACAGGAGUCUGCUGAUGCAAGUGCGUCAAACACUGCAGAAGAGGAGUCCGCCCCGCAAUUAGUCGAGUCAACAACUGCUGCCACGGACACUGCUCAAAGCGGCGAGGCAGAGCCAAAUGUUACGAGCUCGCGUUACUUGAGUUCGGACCUGAGCUUCCAGCAGGACCGAUUGCUCGACCAAGAUCAAAACGGAGUGAUGAUGGCCUGGGAAUCUGAUAUCAUGGCCAAAUCUGCCAAGAAACUCCUUCCUACACCAGGACUGCGCGUUCUGAAUGUCGGACAUGGAAUGGGAAUUGUCGAUGGGUUCUUUCAAGAGCAAUCCCCGGCGUCACAUCACAUUAUCGAAGCUCAUCCUGACGUCGUCGCAGAAAUGAAGCGAAAAGGCUGGCAUGAGAAACCGGGUGUUCACAUCCACGAGGGCAGAUGGCAGGAUAUACUUCCUGAACUGAUGACGCAAGGGGAGAUGUUCGACGCCAUUUACUACGACACAUUUGCCGAGUCAUAUGCCGAUUUCCGAGAUUUCUUCACUGAGCAGGUCAUUGGUAUUCUGGAACAAGAGGGCAAAUGGGGUUUCUUUAAUGGCAUGGGAGCAGACCGACAGAUCAGCUAUGAUGUGUACCAAAAGGUGGUGGAAAUGGACCUUUUUGAAGCCGGAUUUGACAUCGAAUGGGAGGAAAUCGCCGUCCCCAAGUUGGAGGGGGAGUGGAAUGGGGUGCGCCGGCCGUACUGGAGCAUAGACAAGUACCGACUUCCGCUAUGUAAGUACAUGGACUAG